GCAGAGGGCGAAUGGGGCAGAGCAGGAGCCUGCCGGCCUCUCCAACGGCUCGACUCCUCCUCGCGACGUCAGAGAGCGGCUCUACAUCGAUCGUCAAGAUACGCCCUCGCCUUCGAGGAUCACCGCAAUACAGCUUACCGGUACAGAAGGCAAAGAGGAGGUCAAGAAGGGCACGCCGGCCGGCUCGCGAGAUCAGCCCUGAUCGGCAGGCUGUUGACCGGUGCAGCGCUGAAAGGUACGGAGCCUGACCGCUCCCAAGGCAGCCAGAGGUCACGGUCUGAUUUUGUCGGCGCCGAACCACUGACACAGUGAUGGGCCCGGGCCAGAUUGCGACAGCUGUGCGGCAUGAAGGCAUGCUCUACUCGCCCUAUCACUCAGAGCUGGAACUCCCGACAAUCGCGGCCUUGAUCGAAAAAGAGCUCUCAGAGCCCUACAUCAUCUACACGUACCGGUACUUCUUGAAUCAGUGGCCCCAACUCUGUUGGCUCGCACGUGAUGCUGCCACCAAUACACCAACAGGCGUGAUAGUAUGCAAGCUCGAUCGCCACCUGAAGGGGGAACGCAAGAUGCGAGGCUACAUUGCCAUGCUCAGCGUUCAUCCUGAUUGGAGGGGUAAAGGGAUCGCCUCGCACCUUGUGAAGCUGGCGAUGGCUGCCAUGAUCCCAAUGGGGGCGGACGAGGUUGUGCUGGAGACAGAGGUGGACAAUGUGGCUAGCUUGGCGCUUUACGAGCGUUUGGGUUUCAUCAGAGAGAAGAGGAUGUACAGCUUUUACCUCAAUGGCAAGGACUGCUUUCGUCUGGUUCUCUCCCUCCCUAAUAAGGUCAAGCAUCUGAUCCUCGCAUCAGUGGAGCUCCCUGCAGCCGCGAAACCCGCAGAGACGAGACCAUCACUAGGCGGUGCUUCUCACUCCUUGAGAUUUGGAGACUCGAUAGGUGGCAUUCUGUAGGAUACGAAGGUGGGACGCACGAGGAAGUAGAGACAAUGUAGAACAACAGCGUGGCCGAGCCUGGGCUGGAGACGAUGACUUGCGAUGCCGUCC